GAUUUCUACUUCUUCAAUAUCUUGCGGCCGGCCAGAACGGUAUAUGUACCGCCAUCGUCGCAUUAUAUUAAAUUUUUUACAUUACUUGAAAUGGGGUCUUUGCAGGUUUUUUCGUUAACCGUAGGUUUUACAAUCAGCUGGACGCUAACUCUUGCAGCGACUACCGCUAAGCCAUCAAAGUGCGAAUGCUGGGAUAUAGAGGCGAAAGACACACUGGCCCAUGUAUGCGGAGCCAAUGGCAAGCAAUAUCAGGAUCCCUGUUGGGCUGCAUGCUCAGACGUUGUUCCGGCGUAUUACGGAAAUUGCACGUCCAAAGUGAAACUCACCCCGAGCUGCAAGAAGUGCAACGAUACAUACGAUCCAGUUUGUGCCACUGACGGGAUUAAUUAUAACAGUCCCUGCUUCGCCCGCUGUGCCGGAGUUGAAAUCGUCAGUUACGGUCCUUGCUCGAAUCAAAAGAACGCCGAUAUUAAAUGCAUGUGUCCAAAAAAAGUUAAUCAAACCGAUGCCGUGUGUGGAACGGAUGGCGAAACUUACGGAAACGAAUGCUACGCAAAGUGUAAAGGUACUACGGUGAAAAGCGUUGGUCGGUGCCCUUUUCCCAAACUGGCGUCCUGUAUGUGCAACUUUGAUGAUCGAAAGACCGUCUGUGGAGAACGGCGCCGCGAAUUUUCCAAUCUGUGCUUUGCUGCUUGUGGAAAUUCCAUCCCCGUUCACUACGGAGACUGUUUGGGAGUUCCUAGGAUGAUUACAAAUAACUGGAUGCGAUGGGCAUCUUACUCUGUAUGCGGUGAAGACGGGAAGGAAUACGGCAAUAUGUGUCAAGCAAACUGCAAAAAAGUGCAGAUUAAGAGCCAGAUUUAUUCGGAAUGUGGCGGAAAAAACAGGACAAUAUGGUAACAUCACAUUUCGCUUGGAUCCGUGGAAGGUGUAUUGUAAACAAAUGUGGUUUGAUUCAUGCAAAUGGAUGGAAUUUAUAGAGUAAACCUUUGGUGCACGUAACAGGUGCAGCGACAGAUAUUAUCAUAUUUGUAGUUAAUUUUAUAGUUAUGAAUUGUGCAUACUCAGUGUUCUGAUCAAUUCUUUUCGCAAGCUCGUAAUAAACUUGCUUUUGGGCUAUCAUAGCCAUCCUGUCUUUUAAUAUGCCCUUUUCUUCGUCUGAAAACUGGAAUAUCGGACUCAGAAUGUAAUAAAUUAAAUGCUGCUGA